AGGAGGGAGGUGAGAAAACAAAAACAAUCGUCCGGGGCCGCCAUCUUGGGUCGGGAUCCGUAUAGUUGAAUGGGUAGAUAUGAAAUUAACAGGGAGGACGCGGACGUUGAGCCUUAUUUGCCGAGGGGGCUUAGGAAGCGGCUUCCCAUUGCACUUAGAGUGUGACCCUUUUCUGGCUUUUCACGCUUACAGUUUCCGAAGUGGGAAUUGGAUCCAGCUUUCUGUACCCAAGUAAACGAGGAGUCCAAGCGGCGCCAGUCUCCUCCCGACCCCGUAUUUCUCUCUGUUAUUGGAUCCGCUGAGAAGGACGCUCUGUCUAUAUUUUUGUGGUAUUCUCAGCAGUGUGAACGUCAUGGGGUUGCCAUAUCAUUGACUUUCACCUACACGAGCAGCUGCAGAUCGACGUUAUCAAGUCUUUACACCCUGUUCAGGCCAUUACCAUGAGGUGACCGGCCUGCACAUCGUUCCUAUCCGUGAUUUACCGAUUGGUUGAGCAGUUCAUGUUGGGGGGGAUCGUGGUACCUUAAUUCGUGAGGAACUCCAAAUAUUUCCUACCACACAAACCCAAUACUCGGACAUGGAAACUUCAGCAGCACUUAAUGUGUCUCAGCUGCUGCUGCUUAUCCUGCCGUCGGUGUGGUGAUACUCCGUUCCCAGGGAUUAUUUGAACUAGACCAAGGCUGGAAAACCCUUAUUCAGAGCUUUCGCGUGGGAACGAGGAUUACUACAUUCACUUGAACGAGUUGUCAUUACUGUGAUCACUUCCAAUGCUCUCAAAAGGUUCAAUAUAGCAUUUAAAUCAUGACUCGCGAGUGUUUCCUGCAGGAUACAGCUGAUGCACGUGUUUUUAAAUAACUUACUAUAAUAAUUGUUGGAUACAGACCUUAUAUUUCCACACAGGAUUUUAUUUUUUAAAUAAAAUUAGGUUUAUGGUCACGCUAUAUUUUACUGGUUCAGAGGAAUAGAGUAGAAGGCCGUCUGAAGCUGGUGGAUUGUUUGUGUCUAAUAUACUAAAACAUGGGAGCUGCUACGAAGUUGUCCUUUGCAGUAUUUCUUAUAUCCUGUUCUUCAGGUGCCAUUCUUGGACGAUCAGAUACACAGAAAUGCGUUUUCUACAAUGCAAACUGGGAGAAAGAGGAGACAAAACGCAGUGGAAUUGAAAGCUGCAGUGGGGAUAACGAUAAAAGGCGACACUGCUUUGCUACAUGGAAAAAUGUCUCUGGGUCUAUUGAAAUUGUUAAGCAAGGUUGUUGGUUGGAUGACAUCAACUGCUAUGACAGAAGUGAAUGCAUAGAGAAAAAAGAAAACCCAGAUGUAUUUUUUUGUUGCUGUGAAGGCAAUGUGUGCAAUGAACGAUUUAUCCAUUUGCCCGAGAUGGAAAUUACACAGCCCACAUCAAACCCUGUAACACCUAAGCCUCCAUUGUUCAAUACUUUGCUUUACUCUUUGUUGCCAAUCGUGGCAAUUGCAGUUCUGGUGCUGUUUUCUUUUUGGAUGUACAGACAUCACAAGCUGGCUUACCCACCAGUGCUUGUCCCAACACAGCACGCCUUUCACAUUAUGAUAGAGGAUCCAGGUCCGCCACCACCCUCUCCUCUCCUGGGGUUAAAGCCAUUGCAGUUACUGGAGGUGAAAGCUAGAGGGAGAUUUGGCUGCGUGUGGAAAGCACAGUUAUUAAAUGAAAAUGUAGCUGUCAAAAUAUUCCCGAUACAGGACAAGUUGUCUUGGCAAAAUGAAUAUGAAGUCUACAGCCUACCAGGAAUGAAGCAUGAAAAUAUCUUACAAUUCAUUGGUGCCGAAAAGCGAGGCACUAACCUUGAUACAGAUCUGUGGUUAAUAACUGCUUUUCACGAAAAGGGCUCCCUCACCGAUUUUCUCAAGGCAAAUGUUGUUUCCUGGAAUGAGCUUUGUCAUAUUGCAGAAUCAAUGGCCAGAGGCUUGGCCUACCUUCAUGAAGAUAUCCCAGGGCUGAAAGAUGGGCAUAAACCUGCUAUUGCUCACCGAGAUAUCAAAAGCAAGAAUAUACUACUAAAAAACAACAUCACUGCUUGCAUAGCAGAUUUUGGCUUAGCUUUAAAAUUUGAAGCUGGAAAAUCUGCAGGUGAUACUCAUGGCCAGGUUGGUACCAGAAGGUACAUGGCUCCAGAAGUUUUAGAAGGUGCUAUCAAUUUCCAGAGAGAUUCAUUUUUGAGAAUCGAUAUGUAUGCAUUUGGAUUAGUCCUUUGGGAACUUGCAUCAAGGUGCACUGCAUCUGAUGGUCCGGUAGACGAAUAUAUGUUGCCAUUUGAAGAAGAAGUUGGCCAGCAUCCAUCCCUGGAAGACAUGCAAGAGGUGGUAGUACACAAAAAGAAAAGACCCAUAUUAAGAGAAUGUUGGCAGAAACAUGCAGGAAUGGCAAUGCUUUGUGAAACUAUAGAGGAAUGCUGGGAUCAUGAUGCAGAAGCCAGGUUAUCUGCUGGCUGCGUAGAGGAGCGCAUUAUUCAGAUGCAGAGACUUACAAACAUUAUUUCCACUGAGGACAUUGUAACAGUGGUGACUAUGGUGACAAAUGUGGAUUUUCCUCCCAAGGAAUCCAGUCUAUGAUAGUUGCAUUUGGAUGUGUUUACUGACCAACUGGACUCCAAAAUGGAGCUGCUAAGCUAAAGGAACUGCUUUCGUAUAAAUAUUGAAUUUUUCAUGUUAAACAAGGAAUGGUAGAUCCUCAUUGGAAUGUCAGCUGGAAGACAGCCCCUUCAAGUGAAUUCACCAGACUUCUUUCAUUCCAAGUUGUGUAAAGACACUUGACUUGCAAAAGUUUUACAACAGUUUUAUAAAGGAAUGAAAUAAAAUGAAGAAUUAUGAACAUCUGGCUAAUAAACUGACAACAAACAGUUUUCUAAACCUGUCAGAAAAGACUAAUACCUUAAGUGAACUACUGCUAUUUUUUUUAAUCAAAGCAUUUCAUUUCAGAUUUAAAAAAGGGUAACUGUUUUUAUUGCAUUUGCUGUUGUGUUUAUAUAAAUGACUAUUGUAAUGCCAAUAUGACACAGCUUGUGAAUGUUUAGUGUGCUGCUGUUAUAUGUAUAUAAAACUAAAGUAAUCAAAGUGGGACAUAUUAAAGAGGCUUCCAAGCAAACUUUAACCUCCCUCAACAAGGUAUACCUCAGUUCCACGUUCUCUAAAUUAAAUUAUACAAUUGAUAACACUAAGACAUUUUAAAAAAUAAACUGAUCCGUGUUUUUUUUUUUUUUUUUUUUUUUUUUUAGAUGUAUCAGAAAUUCACUGUGUUAUUUAAGAAACAUAAUGUUAAGCUAUCCAUAAUUGUUUGAGCUUUAGAGAAGCCAAUAGUAUAUUGUAAAAGUUAUGCCAUACUGACUUCUUUAUCACUGAAAAGGUUACCGCCAACUAUAGCCAUUCCUAAACCAGUGUUUUUAAACUUUUUAUGGCUUUUCGUCUAAAACUGUGCCGUUUUAAAAAUGCAAAGAAAAAAUUGCCGUUCUUUAUUCCCCGUUGGCUAAAGAUUUUUUACCUCCAAGUAACAAAUUGUUGCAUACAGUGAUUUUACUAAAGUAUGAUUUAGGUUUUGCUGUGUCUGAGGAAUAAAUGAAAAUAUAAGCAUGGUUUUUUUUUUUUUUUUUUUGUGAACUCUUAACACUGGAACACUCUUGGUUCUUAUAGAUAUUUGUGAAAUAUGAUUUUAUUUAUGUAUGUUCUGCUUAGAUGUUUGUUUUGUUUCAGUAAGCAAUGCAGUAUGGUCUGCAUGGAUAUUUCAGGAUCACCUCAGGAAGCUUCAUUACCCAGGAUUUUUCAGCCUGUUUAGAGAAUUCUAAAAAGCUCAGCAAUUAACCACAGUGCCAUAAUGUCAGUGUAAUAUUUGAGGUCUGUGAUCUUUUUGUGAUUAUCAAACUCCUAUCUAGAUUUUCACCACAGAUUUCAAAUGUUGUGGGAUUAAAUGAAAAAUGACUCAAAUUAUCAGGGAUAAUUAAUUCAAUGUAUUAUCCUCAAAUAUGCAAUUCUUAUUGGAAGUUGUGACCAGUACUGACAUUGUUAGCACAGCCUAGCAAAAAAAAGUAAAAUUAGAAAUUUGAUUACAAAUUUGACUAAAAUGUGGCAUUUAUGUUUCUGUUUUAAAACAUGGUUUGGAAGUAGGGAUAAGUGCCAAAGGCUGUUUCAUUCAAACAAAACAAAAAUCAUCUGUACAUGCCAAAGUUAAAAUGACUUUAUUUUCUCUACUUAUUUUACAGUUCAACCAGUAUUACAUCACCUUUUUCAAUUGUGAUGCAGGAAAAUUUUUAAAGACCUUUAUACCCUACAGUAUCAGCCAGGUGCUCACUGUGAGUGUGCUAUGUUCAAAUCAAAUCUAGAAUGUACAACCACAGUACAUAAUAAUUUAAUAUGCACUUAUUCUCUGGGAACAAUAUUAAAAUCAGCAGUAUAAGCAGGGAAUAUAAGAGUCAUGACAAUCGAACCUUUAACAUGCAAAACGUAGAAUUGUCAGUGAUUCUCCUUAUUUCCUAAACUUUCUUUAGCUAUACCCAUAACUGGUUAACUGGUACUCUGGAGUACAGUUUGCUUUGUUUUACAAAGCAUUCGGAAAUUACUUGUAUAUUAAAUUAAAUAGGAUUUUAUCUAUUAUAAUUUGAGCGCAAUUCCCAUACACACGUUUUUAUGCUACUGUGUCCUGCAUUUAAUUGUACUUAAAUAUAACUCACCCAAAUACAAUGAAAUUACUACUAUCUUUUUUGUUUAACAUACUUUAAAAUAUCAUUUGUUACAUAAACAUAUGUUAAGAAAUGUAACCCUAAAUGUCUAAAAGGCAAUUUGUUAGCUACUUUAGGAGCAGUGCCCCAUAUCAUUUAGGUCUCUGCCAUUCAGUUAAACUUUGCAAUGUAUGCAUUUUACCUUCUUUAAGGCCUUAUUGACAAUAGUGUGUGAAAAUUUCCUAAUCAUAUUUAAGAUCUGUUUUAUAUUGUAUUAUGUUUUGAGACUUUUAAAAAUACAAACCACAGCUAUGUUAAUCUAUAUAUUAUGACCAUUUGCCUUGGAUUUUAACUUUGUUUUUCAUUAUAUUAUGAUGUAUGCACUGUUAAGGCCUAAAUUAUAGAUAUUGGUAAGGUUGAAUUGUACCCACCCUUUUUUUGCCAAUAGGAGGUUUUAUUUUUAUUUUCUACCAUACAGCAAAGUGUAUACAGCAAAUAUAAUUCAGAAUAUCUAUUUUCUUAAAUACUUGUGUGUAUCUUCUAAUGCAGCUGUUGUACUCUAAAGCUAUAAACUGUAAUGAAAAGUAAUGCCCCCCCCCCCCCCCUCUUAUAUCAUUAAUGUAGAUAACCAGAUAUUCAGGUUAGUGAGAUUAUACUGGAUUACUUCUUGGCAUUUUUAAUGACUGGCAAUAUUUUAUUUCUGAAGUACAUAUAGUCUGUUCCAAAUACCUAUACUUCUGAUGCAUUGAUGUCUUCAAAACUUCUGGCUUUUACCAUUGCUUAAUAUUUGCUGUAUUUGCUUAUAAUAUGAAUGGCUUUUAGGUUGUGUUAAAUUCAAGCAGGAUCUUGGCUGGUAAAACAUCCUAAACCAAGGGGGUUGUAAUUCGAUAAUUUGAGGGCUGCACAUAGAUAGGAUUUAGGGAUCAGUCUCUCUGAGCACAAGUGGAUUAAAAAAAAAAAAGUUAGACUCCGUCAGAACCAUCCUUAAAUUAUGACAUUUUUGUAUUCUAAAAAAUAAGUUUGAAUCAUUAUUUGAAACAAAUCCUUAAUAUUUUUUUUUUCUUCUUCAGAACAGACUCUGUGCCCACUAUCUAGGUCCAUUAUUUAAUGCAUUGGUAUUUAGAAGAAACCAAACCUUAUUAUAUUUCUAAUUCCUAAAAUAAAAACCAUGAAUUGUAUGUGACCUAAUUUUUAAAUGCCUUGGGACAUGUACUGAAUGUAAAAACAGGUAUUUUCUUUACAUUUAUCUGUGGCAAUAGCUCAAUAAAAACUGCCAAUUUUAGUUUGCUAACAAAGAUUUUUUCAAUUACCAAUGUUUUCCAAUCUGUUUGAAAACUUUUUAUGAAUUUUUUUAUUAUAAGCAUUUGGUAUGAAUAUGCAGAAAGUUAUUUAUGGUUUAAUUGCAAAUGAUGCAAGAUGCAUCUUUUGAUUGAACAUCAUUUACCUCAGAUAUUCAACCAGCAAGUACGUUUUUAUGCAGUCUCAGUCCAUAUAAUCUGUUACCUCUCAAAAUAUUGGUAAGCAAUUAUUUUAGCUUUAUUCUCUGUAUUUGUCGGUGUUUGGGCACAGGUUGCUGUACUACUGUCUAUUACUACUUGCAAUUUCUUUUCUUUUUUUUGGCAAGUACCUACAAAACACCCUGGAUAAAGUGAUUGUUAAAUAUUGUACAAAUAAACAUGUAUGCUAUCCCCACCAAAAAAGAAAAAAAUAUCAAGAAAUAAAAAGUGAACAUAUGACUAA